UUUGGAACUGUUGCGACGCGCCCCGUCCAUCAACGACCUCCCCUCCUUCCCACCCCCCCAACACCCAAUCCCAUCCACAUCAAAUUUCGCUACCACAAUCGCAGGCUUGAGAUUUAGGUGAGCCUGCCUAACCAUUGACACGCCCGCAACUCAUCUGUUCAUGUGCCGAGUGGUGCACUUCUAAGGAACAACAUUGUCCGCUAUGGCUUCAACCAACGCGCCCGCUGCUGAGUAUGCUGGAGACGAGGUAUCUGCCAUUGUUCUCGACCCGGGUUUCUCUACCAUCCGCGCCGGUUUCGCAGGCGAGGACGUCCCCAAAUCCGUUUGCCCUUCUUUCUUUGGCUACACCGACGCCGAGUCCGACUCCAAGUCGCAGUUCCUCUUCGGCGAAAACGCGAUCCAUACUCCGCAAGCAAAUCUACAGAUCAAGAACUAUUGGGGCUCUGACGGCAUAGUGGAAGAUUGGGACGCUGCAACCAAAGUGUGGGAAUACGCCAUUACCUCCCGGUUGACCAGUACGAAGCCAAGCAAUCCCCUGCAGAACGGCUUGAACGAAGGCUCUAAUGGGAAUGGCGAUACUAUGGACGUCGACAUCGAAAACGUGGAGCAGGCGGAGAAGCCGCUUGAAGACAGUCCAUUGCUUAUGACGGAGCCCGGCUGGAAUUCUUCCAAGGCCAGAGAGAAGUGUAUCGAGAUCGCGAUGGAAGAGUGGGGGGCGCCGGCCUUCUAUCUUCAAAAAACAGGAGUUCUAGCAGCAUUUGCCUCCGGGAAGGCAUCGGGAAUCAUCAUUGAUAUAGGCGCCUCGCACACCUCUGUUACGCCCGUGCUAGAUGGAAUGGUCUUGCGAAAAGGUGUGCAAAAGUCUCCCUUAGCCGGCAACUUUGUCUCCAACCAGAUUCGCAUGCUCUUCAAACAAUCCCAGCCAGAGAUUCCGUUGACUCCACACUACACGGUGAAGUCAAAAGUCCAGGUCGAUGCCGGCGCACCGUCACAGGCAACUUACAAGACUUUCGAUUUACCUCCGACUGACUCUUUCCGCCGUCUUGAAGAAGAACGAGUCUUGACCGAGUUCAAAGAGUCGGUCGUGGAGGUAUGGCCUGGCCCACAAAGGUUCAACAUGGGACCGAGUGAAGAAAUCGCCAAGAACCAGCCAGGAAGGCCGUUCGAGAUGCCCGACGGUUGGAACCAGGUUUUCACGGCUGAUAGGUUCCGCGUCGCUGAGGGCCUUUUCGAUGCCAGUGCCGCGCUGGUCGAUUCGGAUAACCCACGGCCCAAGGAUGAGCACACAAUCUCACGCCUUGUACAAGCUGCCGUCCAGCAAGUGGAUGCUGAUCAUCGCCCCAUGCUCUUGGGUAACGUUGUGGUCACAGGAGGGUCCUCCUUGUUGUAUAAGCUCAACGAACGCUUGACGCAAGAAAUUAAUACAAUCUAUCCAUCAACGCGAAACAAGUUGAUUGCACCCGGCUCGGUGGUGGAACGAAAGUAUGCGGCGUGGAUCGGUGGUAGCAUUCUUGCCAGUCUAGGAAGCUUCCAUCAACUAUGGAUAUCUAAGAAAGAAUACGAGGAACAUGGUGCGAGCAUUGUGGAGAAGCGGUGUAGAUAGACGCAUCUUUUUGGAACAUUGAAUCGGAGUAUACAGGCGUCUCAGUGUGAACAGUAUAGUGUGGGCCUUCAAGGGAGUACGAAGCCCCACCGAGUCUGGCCCAGGUAAUGUGUAAGGAUAAGUACGGCAAAAUUCCAUUCGAAUACUCUUCCCCAUGGUGGUAGCAUGAGAUCGUCUGGAUGUUAGAAUUAUCUCAGUAUUCAAAAUGUUUAUCGGAAGGUUGAUUUUAACAAAUUCAUAUUCAUCAGCC